UUCUCCACAUGUAAGAGAGAGGGAGACGAGUGCUGGUGCUGCUGCUGCUGCUGCUGCUGCUGGAGCUGAAGCACAGUAAGAGGAGAAGAAAGUGUGGUGUACUUGCACGGAGAAAGCGCAUGAAACCGCUGGCAUGUGUGCGUUAAGAGUUGUAGUCUGCCGGGCGUUUUGCAGCGCAUAUAAACCUGUCCUGAGAAUGACCAUCCAGAAUGGGUCUGUGACACCUGCCAGAGACUGCUCUCAGGCAGGAGAUGAGAGAAACACGCUGAGAUGGGACCUGUCUCCGGCUGAGAUCAGGACCACCACGGACAGUUUGAUUAACAGAGUGAAAAAGGUCUAUGAUGACAUUGGAUCUCUAAAGGUAGAAAACGUGUGUGUCGAAAACACCCUGAAAGCCUUGGCUAAUGUCAGGCUGGAUUAUGCAUCAUCCCGCCAUGUUCUCGAUUUCCCCCAGUAUGUUUUUCCUUCUAAAGAGGUUCGGACAGCGAGCACAGAGGCUGACAAGAAACUGUCUGACUUUGAUGUGGAGAUAAGCAUGAGGGAAGAUGUGUUCAAGCGAAUCACUGCCUUGCAGAAAAAGCUCCAAGACAACCUUACAUCCGAAGAAAAGAGAUUCUUAGACCGACUUGUUACAUUAGGCAAGCGGAAUGGAUUGCACCUGUCUGUAGAUAUACAAGAGGAAAUAAAAAGAACUUCCAAGCUUAUAAGUGAACUCUCCAUUGAGUUUAACAAGAAUCUGAACGAGGACAAUACGUUUCUUCUUUUCUCUGAGCGUGAAUUGGGUGGGCUAGCUGAUAGCUAUCUCAAUGGACUGGACAAGGCAGCAGAUGGGCGGUAUAAAGUGACUCUUGAAUAUCCCCAUUACUUCCCUCUGAUGAAGAGGUGUCACAAUCCUGAGACCAGGAGGAAGAUGGAAACAGCUUUUCACAGCAGGUGUAAAGAGGUAAACACAGGGAUCCUCGAAGAGUUGAUACAACUGAGGGCAAAGGUCGCAGACUUACUUGGUUACAGUAGCCAUGCAAACUAUGUGCUGGAGAUUAACAUGGCCAAGAAUGCAAGCAAUGUGUCUGACUUUUUAGAUACAUUCUAUGAAACACUGAAGCCCAUUGCAAACAAGGAGAGGAAAUAUAUUCUUGCACUAAAGAAGAGGGAGUGCUUGAUGAAGGGCUAUCAGUUUGAUGGACAGAUCAAUGCGUGGGACUUGCCCUACUACAUGAAUCAAGUGGAGCAGUGCAAGUUUGCUGUGAACAAGGACAAACUGAUUGAGUAUUUCCCGCUUGACGUGGUGACACAGGGACUGUUUGGUAUCUACCAGGAGCUGCUGGGUCUCACAUUCACAGAGGUGGACCAUGCUCACGUGUGGCAUGAAAACGUCACACUCUACUCAGCCUAUGACACCGAAACUGGAGAGGAGAUUGGCCAGUUCUACCUCGACUUGCAUCCAAGGGAAGGAAAGUAUGGCCAUGCAGCCUGCUUUGGGCUCCAACCUGGCUGCAGAGGACCUGAUGGGAAUCGCAGGCUUCCAGUGGCAGCUAUGGUGGCUAACUUUACCAAGCCCAGAAAAGGUUGUCCCUCUCUCCUCCAGCACCAUGAAGUGGAGACUUAUUUUCAUGAGUUUGGUCAUGUUAUGCAUGAGCUCUGCUCUAAGACCACUUUUUCAGAAUUCAGUGGCACCCUGGUGGAGACGGACUUUGUCGAGGUGCCUUCGCAGAUGCUUGAGAACUGGGUUUGGGAGAAGGAGCCUCUGAGAAGAAUGUCUCGCCACUACAAGGACGGCACGCCAAUCCCAGACAACCUGCUCGACAAACUGAUCGCAUCCAGAGUAGCCAACACUGGACUAAUGAACCUGCGCCAGGUAGUCCUUAGUAAAGUGGACCAGUCACUACACACGAGCCCUUGUGCAGAUACAACAGAGGUGUUUGCAAAGCAUUGCCGGGACAUCCUGGGUGUUCCUGCUACACCAGGUACCAAUAUGACAGCCAGUUUCAGCCACUUGGCUGGAGGAUAUGAUGGUCAGUACUAUAGCUAUCUCUGGAGUGAAGUCUACUCCAUGGACAUUUUUUUCAGCCGCUUUAAGAAGGAAGGUAUUAUGAAUCCAAAGGUUGGAAAAGAGUACAGGAGGGUGAUUCUGGAAGCAGGCGGCUCUGUGGACGGAGUGGACAUGCUGAAGACCUUCCUCGGACGUGGCCCAUGCCAGGAUGCCUUCUUUCAGUGCAAAGGACUGAUUAAGUCUCAGUAAACAGAAACAUUGUAAUGUUACAUAGCCUUUUAAGAAUCUUUUGGUCAAAGCAGGGUAUAUUUUAAUUGUCCGGAUGCAGGUUCAUGUCAGUAGAAACAUGCCUUUGCUUGAAUUUACUGUGUUUAGGUUUUUCUACUUGAUCAUUUCUACCUGUUGGCAUUUGUUCGAAUGUGCAGUAGAUCGUGGAGAAUCCUCAUGAUGAUAUGUACUUCUUAGGCCUUUUUCACAGCAAAUAAAGUACAUGUGUUACUAAUUGUAUUAAGGAUAUCUUCGGUCCAAUAAAGUGUCCCAGUAAGCCA